UUCCCCUGCUCUAAAUCUUACUUUUCCUCUCUUCUUCUAGACAAAUUCAGUUCUCUCUCAACAUCAAAGUCUCUUCUUUCCUUCUCUUCUUCUGCUUCUUCAGUUCUGCCCUCAAACAGGUAAAAGAUACUAUUUUUUUUCUUCCAAAUCAGAAAAAAACCCCUAAAUUAUUGUUUCUGAAAAUCCCUAGUUGUUGUUAUUCUGUCCUGUAAGUGAACUUAUUAAGUGAUGCCUCCUCGCGCAUCGAAGAAGAAAGGAGGAGCUGCAGCUACAAAGAAGAAGCCAGCAGCUCCAAGAGCAACAAGAGCUUCUGCUAGAAACUCCAAGAAACCAGUAGAAGAAGUACCAAGCGAAGAGGAACAGGAAGAAGAAAUCAACCAGGUUGUCGUGGCACAGGAACACAAGGAGAUUCCACCUCAUGCUGUUAUUCAAAUCGAUGACGAUGAAGAAGAGAUAAACACGGAAUCAGUAGUAUCAUCAUUGGUUAAUCACGAAGUUGCUGAAAAAGAAGAAGUUUUUAUGAAUGCGGAAGAAACCAAGGAUGUGGAAGAAGUUAUUGUGGAGGAAAAGAAUGUGGAAGUGGUGAUGGAAGAGACAGUGACUACGGUUGUAGAAGAGACUACCCUUGUUGUUGUGGAGGAGACGAAGGUUGUUGAAGAGAAGGGUUCAGAAAUGGUGGUGGUGAUUCAAGAGAAGAAGGUUGUAGAUGCAAAUGUUGAAGAAAAUAGUAUGGAUAUUAUGGAUAGAACGGUGGUGGAGGUGGAAGAGGAACGUGUAGAGGAUCCUGAAGAGAUAAUAGAGGAAAACCCUGAGAAGUUAGUAGAGGUGAAUCCUGAAGAGAUAGUAGAGGAGGAUCCUGAAGAGAUAGAGGAGGGGCUGGAAGAAGUCAUUGAGGAUGAGAAUAAGAAUACACGUGGUGAUGGAGAUGAUAUGGUAGACGAUCAGCAAGUCGCUAAUCAGGAUAUAAAUGAGGAGUCUGCAAAGGCUGAAGCGGAAGCUAAUGUAAAAGGCAAUGAUAUCAAUGAUGCCAAUGAUAGUGUUGGUGUGGAAGGGGAAGAUGAAAGUGGAAGUGAUGACGAAGAAUUUGAGGAGGAUGAAGACCCAUCUGCAUACAUGCAUGCUCCUCUAACAGACAGGAAGAAACACGAGGAAUUUGAAAUUUUUGUUGGAGGAUUAGAUAAGGGUACAGUUGAAGAAGAUCUGACUGAAGUAUUUGUGAAGUUUGGGGAAAUUAAGUCUGUGAGAAUAGUUAAGCAUCUAGCCUCACAGAAAAAUAAGUGUUUCGCGUUUAUUCGUUAUGCUACUGUUGAGCAGGCGAAAAAAGUCCUAGAUGAGUUGAAGGAUGGAGCAGAGGUAAAGGGCAAGCGUGUUAGCAUAUCACGUAGCCAGGACAGUGAUACAAUAUACAUGGGUAAUAUUUGCAAGACAUGGAAAAAGGAUCAGGUACUAGAGGCAUUGAAAUUCCAUGGGAUUGAACAAAUUGAGGAGAUCUAUUUACCUGGUGAUCCCAAGAAUGAAGAGAUAACUAGAGGCUUUGCUCUCUUGGAAUUCAGUACCCGCUCUGAUGCAAUGUCGGCAUUUCAGCGGCUAAGAAAGCCAGAUGCUGUAUUCGGCUGCGAGAGAAGUGCUACAGUUGCUUUUGCCCAAUCUUCUACACAUCCCAGUGAGGAAGCUCUCUUGCAGGUCAAAACUGUAUUUGUUGACGGGCUGACAGAUUUGUGGAACGAGGAGAGGUUAUGGGAGUUCGGCAAACAGUUUGGUGAGGUUGAGAAAGUCCAGCUAUCAAGAAAUCUCGGCAAUGCAAGGCGGAAGGAUUUUGGAUUUAUUUCGUUCACCUCUAGGGAAAGCGCCGUAGCUUGUGUGGAGGGAUUCGAGAAUUUGCAGAUUGCGGAAGGGGAUGUGAAGAUAAAAGCUAACCUGGCAAGGCCUCACAAGGGCAAGCUUGGAAGGUCUUCACGAGGUGGCUACAAGGUUAAAAUGGAUGAUACUGUAGAAGCUGGAUCAUCAAAAAUGAAAGGCCUUGCGAAGUGCUCAUCUGAAGGAAAGGGAAGGUUUCAUCAGAAUUCGAAAGGCGGGAUGCCAUUUAAGCCGCAACCCCGUGUUAGUGAAUAUCAGGGACCUAGUGCUCCCUCCAGGGCAGAUCACCACAGAAGGCAACAACCUGGGCGAGGUGGUAGGUGGGGUGGAAGAACUAUGGAAGGUGGUUUCCAUGGGCAGACAUCAAUGAAAUCACGUGGUAACAUGCAUGGUCGAACAGGACGAGGUUUUCCAAGAAGUAACUCACGAUUUGGUAACUCAGCAAGGCAAAAUUGUGGGUAUGGGGGCCCUCCUGCUGCCUAUGUUGAUCCAUAUACUCAAAGGUUGCCUCCAUCUGCCCCUGGUUAUCGGGGUCAUGCUUCUUAUGGUGCACAUUCUGGAGAUAAACGGCACUAUUCUGAGAUGGAACCCCAUGCUGGUUAUAUUGAAGCAUCAACAGUGAAACAUAGCCGCGGUCGAUAUAAUUACGAGCCAAAAAGUAGAGGAGCUGGUGGAUAUGGUGGCCAGAGUAGUGGUCCUAUUCCAUACGCAGGACCACAACCUUCAUCUUCAUAUGCUCCAAGCAACUCCGCCUUUCCUGGAUAUGAGACUGGUGGUAGAGGCUACGCUUACCAUGGUGGUCCGACAUCAUAUGCACAACCGCACCCUCAGCAAAUUCCACAUCCUCAACCUUACGCUCAUCAACCACCUCACCCACGUCCUCAUCAACCACCUCACCCACGUCCUCAUCAACAACCAUACCUACAACCACAACAAAAUCCAUACCGACACCCACACCCACACCCACAACAAAAUCUGUACCCACGUCCUCACCCACCUCCAGCGCGGCCAGGAUAUUACUAAACCUGUAACAAGGCUGGUUCCUUACCCACACGGAAGCUUGUCCCAUAGGCUGCAGAGAUAGCUGAACUGUUCCCCUCGUGAAGUGAGGGAGGGCUUGUUUGAGUUAAUUUCUUGUGUACCUGUGGAUAAAGAGUUGUGAGGUUCGAAGUUUAAACAUCCAUCGGUCUCCGUAAUCUUGGAGAUAAAUUUAGAUGUUUAUGUUCUUAGGACCAGAAGGGUUUACUUGCACAAGUCCAUGUUUCCUUAAUGGCGAAGUUAGGAGUUCUUUUACCCUUGCCCAUGUACUUUUUCUACUGGUUUGAGGUAAAUUGAAGAAGUCCACAAAUUUAGCACAAGUGGUGGAUGUCUAUAUUAACAACAAAAUUUAUGUAAUUCAAUUGUAGAAAUAAUGCAAUUUUGAAUUGAAGAAGCAGCAGAAGUCUUAAGUACUCGUUGGAUGGGUAUACAAGUAUGAAAGAAGGUUCUUUGCUGCAUAAGUUUAAAAAAGAGUUCAUAUCCAGAGCCAAAGAUUUCAAACAUAUCUUAACAAAUUCUUGAAGAAAAUCUUUGUGUAAUCGAAAGGGAUAAGGUCAAGCGAAAGAUCAAGCGAAAGUCAACCUUUAAUUUCUUCGAUCUUUUGGUUCUGCAAUUCCCUUUUUUCUUCAAUCAAUCGUUUUUCUUUCUUCUCUUCUUAA